AUGCUGCACCCCUCGGCCGCGCUACUCCUCACCGCCCUCGUCGCUUCCGCGGGGCUCAUCAAUCGACAAGCGUCAUCAGCAGCCAGCUCAGCCGCCAGCUUCACAGCUAAUCAAGUCCCCCAAUCGGUAAUCACCACGUCGAUCUUUCCCGGCGGUGUCGCACAGGGUAGUGUGGGGCAAGAGUCGACCAUACCGCUGCCGUGCCUCGAUGGCUGUUGGCCCCAUGCUGCACCCUAUGCGUACUGCUUCUUAUUAGACACGUAUCCCGGCGGCCGACCCAUCCCCGCCACGCAGUGUGACAGUCUGUGUAAUCAGACCUAUUAUGACGGAUUAUCUCAGUGUCUGAACUGUAUUGUCGCUAACGGAAAUGAACGUCCAUUCGGCUACUCGACCAAUACAUCCAUCACUGCUCUCCCCACCCGCGCGCCUGCGCCCAGUGGCUCGUCCAACCUCGACACAACCAAUCCUAAUGGCCUCAUCGACGCCGCUCAGGCGGACGGGUGGUUGAGGAACAUGACGGAUAUGUGCUCAGCGAAGGGCAAGGCUUUGACCGGAGCAACGAGCGUUACAGCUAUCCCGACCACAACCGGAGGUUACAAGACAAGCUGGAUCAGGGGCGAGACCAUCGUCCGACCCCAAUGGACAGGUCUCACCCAAUUCCCACCGCCAGUAGCUACCCUUACCCGCAUUCUCGCCGCUGGAUCGUCCUCUACUCCGGGGGCUAGCGGGAGCGGAGCCGGCAGUGCAAGCGGUUCUGCAGCGAGCGGUGCAGCCGCAAGUCAGAGCAGUAGGGCCGCGGGGAUGGCGACGGUGGGGCAAGGUCCGGCCGGCUGGGCGCUGGGAGGGGCACUGCUGGCUUGGGCGGUCUUGUUUCGAUGGGAUGAAGGAGGAGAGUGGAUGGGAGUGAAGGGAUGGAUAGGCUGGGGUUAG